AUGGAUAGCAUGAGUGAGGCAUUUGAUCAAAUGCAAAUGGUCAAGGAUGUUCUAGCCAACAGUGAUAAAGUUUCAGAGGUCCUACAAGAGUCUACUCAUCAGUUCAACCUGCUUACUUCACCCACCUUCCUACCAAAGGUCAAGGAUCAAGGGAAAUUCACUCUCCCUUGCACACUUGGGCAUCUUGAGAUUGACAAUGCCUUAGUGGAUUCUGGAGCAAGCAUCAAUCUGAUCUCUCUCUCCAUGGCAGAGAAGCUAGGCAUAGCUGGAGCCUUGCAGCGCCCUACUACUUCAAUCAUGUUUGGAGAUGCAACUUCUAAGUCUCCUCUUGGAGUGUUCAAGAACUAUCACUUGAAAAUUGGAGAAUGCAUCAUCCAAACUGAUCUCACUGUGAUGGAAAUGGAAGAAGAGAAGGAUUUGCCUUGUUAUUGGGAACCCCUUUCCUUACCUAGAGGUUCAGACUUUUGUGCCACAAUUGACAGUACCAAUCUCAGUUCUAAGAGUCAUGGAGCUACAAAGGUUGUGAAGGAAAGGGUUGACAAGGAACCAAGAGUUGGGAAGGAUAAGGAUGAGAGAGGACCAAGGAUUGAGAAGCCACGUCUUGAGAGGGCUAGAGUUGAGAAACCACGAUCUGAUAGGCCAAGAGCUGAGCGACUUGUUCAAGCCCCUUGUGUGCUUGAUGAAGAGAGCCUUCAAGCUUUGUUUGAUGAGCCACUAGGAAGGGCUCUACAAGAAGGGGAGGAUGCAGCCUCUAAGGCAAGACCAGGAGAUAAAAGAAAGGAUCCACCAGCUCAGGCCCCUUCAGUCAAGCCAUCUCAGCUCACAAUGACUUUGUUCCCCACCAAGUUUGAAAAUGGGAAGAUUGAGUACAAGAUAAGGUACAAGGGGAGAUCAAGGCCAUUCUCUAGAGCCAAGGCCUUGGUGACUUCAGAACAGUCCAGGGACCCAACCAAGCUAAAGGAGCUUCUGUCUCAAGUCCUCACUAUCACCCUUGAUGGUGGGACUAGCUCAACCAAUGCCUAA